CUUCCCGGAGAUCUGAGUCAAACCUCCGAAGAUCAGAGCCUGUCAGAUUUUGAAAUAUCAAACCGAGCGCUUAUAAACGUCUGGAUUCCUUCCGUCUUUCUCCGUGGGAAAGCAGCAAAUGCAUUUCAUGUUUAUCAAGUAAGCGUUCUGUUCAGCCAGAGUAUAUUGCCGUGAUGGCAAACCUAUGACACACGUGCCACAGGUGGCAGGUGGGGCCAUAUUUGCUGGCACGCCAGUCAUCAGCUCUGGGGCACAUGUGCAUGCCGGACAGCCGAUUUUCAGCUUCCGGAGGGCAGGGGAGGCCGUUUUCGCCUGCCCCAGGAUUCAGGAAAGCCUCCAAAGCCCAUUUGUGUGGAUUUGUGUGUGUCAUACAUGCAUGCUCAAGUGGGCAGGGAGGAUUGAAUUGGUGCGGGCAUGCAUGCGCAUGCUGUAUCACAUGCGCAGACAAUUUUGGCACGCCAUAAGAAAAAGGUUUGGCAUCCUUGGUAUAUUGGAUGACUGAUUGUCACUAUCCUAGCAUUGAAUUGAA